UGAAUCCUAGCAUUUUCUUUCUCAGGGAUAGAUUCUCACAGGCAGGUAAUAUAACACACUGUGUGUCUACUACGCAUUUUCCCCACGUUUGCGGGGAGGUUCAGAAAGUGAACAAGUGGACUGCUCUGGCCAGAAGUCUUCACGAAGCCAUGGCAGGGACUUCGGAGAAAAUCCCUAUAGCUAUGGCUGGACCAGAGGAUGUGGAACAGAGCAUGCCACCUGCAUACACGGCGGUAACGGUAAAACCAUCUAAUAGUGGACGUCUUCUGAAGAUUGGGGCAGUGGUUCUUAUUGCGGGAGCCGCUCUUCUGCUUUUCGGAGCUGUUGGCGCCUUUUAUUUUUGGAAAGUCAACGACAAGAAUGUUUACAACGUUCACUAUAGCAUGAGCAUCAAUGGAAAAGUUGAGGAAGGAUCUAUGGAGAUUGAUGCCAGAAAUAAUUUGGAGAGAUUCCGAACUGGAAGCGGGGAUGAGGAAGCCGUGGAAGUUCACGAUUUCCACAUUGGAAUCACAGGAAUUCGGUUCUCGGGAGGGGAGAAAUGCUACAUUAAAACACAACCCAAAGCUCACCUUCCUGAAGUGGAGACACUGAACAAAGAGUCAAUGGUAUUCGACUUGGAAGAUGAGAUCAUGCCAGUCAAGUUUGAUGAGGAGUCCCUGAUCUGGGUGGCUGGGGACCAGCCGCUGAAAGACAGCAGUUUCCUAAGUGCGAAAAUCCUGGACCUCUGCAGAGAUCUUCCCAUCUUCUGGCUCCGCCCCGCAUACCCAAAAGACGGGCGGAGGAAACGGAGGGACAUUUUGCGGGCAAAGCGCCAGUCGCAGCCCCGCAGCUACGACAUGCAAACCUUCGAGGAGGCAGCAGAGGAGCGGAACACCAUCAGCCGCGGGCUCGACACCACCGCCAAGAGAGCUACGGAGGAGGACGACAAUGACAAUGGUGACGAUGAUGAUGAUGAGGAGGAGGAGGAGGAGGAAGAUAGGACCUACAACCCAGAGAAUCCCUACCAUCGCAAUGCAGAGGGAGAGGAGGGGACCAUGGUAUUUGACCCCAUGCUGGAUCACCAAGGAAUCUGCUGCACGGAGUGCCGCCGUAGCCACACCCACUGCCAGAGGAUAUGCGAGCCAUUGGGCGGCUACUGGCCCUGGCCCUAUGACUACAGAGGCUGCAGGGUGGCCUGCAGGGUCAUAAUGCCAUGCCGCUGGUGGGUGGCUCGUAUAUUAGGUAUUGUGUAAGACCUCCGAGCUACUCACAAUAACAGCUGAAAUCCGAUUAAGUAUCCUGUCAUUGUCAUAAAAAAGUAUUUAUAUGCAGAUUUAUUUCUUUCUCCAUCUUUUGAAUGUAAAUAUAAAUGAGUACCAGUAAGCUCCAGUAUGUACGUAUGUAUGGAUACUGAUGUAGCUGCUUUUCCUUUAAGGCCUAAAGAUAAUUUUUUUUUAGCACACAAUGCCUAGGAUAAAUCUGUGUAAAUCUCUUAUAUGUCAGCAUAUAGGCUAUAUUAAAUACAUAGGGUAUAUACAUAGUUUCACUGAAAAUUAUAAUUCCUCCAAAUGUUGUUUUUCAUGUACUAAUAAAGCCCUACUUUAUUCCUGGCUGUCCUUCAUCAAAAAUCUAUUUUAAUCAGAAUUUUUUAUUUUACAAUUUUAACUGAAGGAAGUACUUUGUGCACACAGUGUUUAUAUUUUUAACAAAUCCUGCAUGAACAUUUAUCUUCUUUUAUCCGGCUUUGUGUAUGUAUGUACAAAUGAUUGUUGCACUUUUUUUGUGGAGAUUGUAUAGCAAGAAGGUAUCAUUAUGGUAUGUACAGCUUUCAGAGCACAAGAAAUGGUUAAUAAAUGUGAAAUAUGA